GGGUAUAGUUAUAUUAUGAUAGGUAGAGUUUUGAAAGUGAUCUCUUGCGCGACCCCAGAAUUGAAUUUCCAGCAGAAAGGACUACAGAUAGGUUUGCCGCUAGCAGUGAUAUUACUAUGGCUUCUCACACCAGAAAAGUUAUGGUCGCUGUCGACGAAAGUCACCAUAGCGAAGAGGCUUUGCACUUUUUCUUCAACAACUGCUACAAACCUGGCCAGGAUUUCCUCCAUGUUGUCCACGUGCUCAACCGGCCACAUAUUUUCAGUUCACGCCACCACGACGCGUACAGGGCGAUCAUUCAUGACGUCAACGAAAAGGCCAACGCCCUCAAAGACAGCUACAUUUCCAAGUUAAAGGCGCUGGUUCAGGAUGAGGGAGGCUUUGAGGUGUUCGUCCGAGGUGAGGUGGACGGAGGAGUCGGACACACCCUGUGCAAAGAAGCGUUCGACCAUGACAUCUCCCUGAUAGUGAUGUCCCGCCGUGGGAUAGGCCUGAUAAGACGCACGCUCAUGGGGAGUGUCAGUGACUACGUCCUGCACCAUGCCCAUGUGCCUAUUAUAAUAGUCCCGCCUUGCAACUGCCAGGUUGCCAAGACGGCCCUCCAGCAGAAGACAGAAGAGGCGCAGGAAUGCCAACAGACUGAGGAGAUUUCGUGAUUUCCACUACACAGCACUACCUUUCUACAUUAGAAAUAAUGGAUAAUGUAUGAAAGGUGUCUUAGAUAUAACUUCGCAUUUAACCGUUCACAUUUUUAGCUUUUUUUAAAGGGGUUUAGGGUGUACCUACAGGAUGAGGUUUAUAGUAACUCUUUCUUCGUGUUAUGUACAAUGGAUCGUUUCCGUGUGUAAGGACAAACGAUCAUAGAACAUGAAUAAAAGUUCCUAUUGGUAAACGAAA